CUGUAAAAUCCAAUAAUAAUAACAGGUGAGAGUCGGACAUUUUCAAAAUGGAGCAAGGAACAGUGGCUAUGUUUUGUUUGUGUUUCGCCAUAUUUUGUAUGGUGAUAGCAUUUGCCAGUCCAUACUGGGUGGAGAGUUUCGAUAAAGCGCACAACCCGUUCGUGAAAUGUGGCCUGUGGGAGUUUUGUUUCAAUGACUACACGUUUUGGAAGGAUUACAACGGAAAGCGUUUCCUCGGUUGUUGGUACGUCUUCUCCGAGCAGUACAGAUCUCUCUGGGAAUGGAUUUCACCACCGUGGUUCAUUGUGUGCCAGGUCCUGAUCAGCGUGUCCUUGCUGUUCAUGUCUGUGACCUGCCUCAUAGCCACCCUGGCCUACUGGCGCUGCCUGUCCAUGAACCUCAAGAGCAUGGUCUACAAGGGGGCCGCCAUUAUCUGUUCAGUGUGCACAAUUUGUACGCUUGUGGCCCUGAUCGUCAUGGGGGCUAAGAAGGAGGACCGAGGCUGGAUGCCACGCCCAGACCAGAACUACCUGUCGUGGUCGUACGGACUCGCCUGCAUCUCCGCUUUCUUCAACCUGUUUGGAGCGGUGGUGUUCCUCAAGGCUUCCAGUGCCGACACCAAGCCAUCAUAUUAAGGAUUGACUAAGUUGAAAGACUCUUGACAAAUUCCAUUGCAAAUGAGUUUGUCGAAAUAAGCCUGAUUGCAAAUAAUUUAAGCUUGUUUACAGAGGAAUUGAAGACCUUUUAAAAAAUAUGUUAUUGAUGUGUUAGUCAAAAUUAACUGUUCUAACUCAUAAGGCACAUAACAAGUUUCUAGAAGAAUGGACAUUUUGAAAUAAAUUUUACCUUCUCAAGCAAUAGUAAAAGAAGGGCUUACUUGAACUUGCUUCUAAUUUCGAUGACUUUUGACUUUUAGCAGGCAUGUAACAAGUAUAUGAGAGUUGAAAAAGCGUUUGAAAAAUGCCGUCAUUUGUGACUUGGUCAAACGGAAUUAACUGCUAAAGACCAUAAUGUCUGAGCUGAUUAAUCUUAGAAAGGCACGUGCAGCCAUUGUAGGUUGAAUUUGUUCCAUCAUAAAUGAACAAGCAAAUAAGCGCACGCCACCUAAAUAUGAAUGUCAAAAAG